AUGCUAAACAUGUGGACGACAUUUAGUCAAAUUUUCUUCAGUUUGUUUAUAAUUUUUGUGAUAUUAAUUAAUGUAAAUGAUGUUAUCGUAUCAGCCAAUCAUCAACGGCAAAAUCAACGGAACCGUGGGAGAGUUAAAAAGAGUGGCUAUGCUGGUUUAUUCACACACGUUGAUGGCGGUCCAGUACGUAACCCAUAUGUCCCUACAUCCAAGGAAAGGAAACCUAACAUAAUUUUAAUCCUAACUGACGAUCAAGACGUUGAAUUGGGAUCAUUAAAUUUCAUGCCAAGAACAUUAAGAUUGCUUCGUGAUGCUGGAGCUGAAUUUCGUCAUGCGUACACAUCAACGCCAAUGUGUUGUCCAGCUAGAUCUUCAAUUUUGACAGGAAUGUAUGUGCACAAUCAUCAAGUGUUCACAAAUAAUGAUAACUGUUCUAGUCCUCAAUGGCAAGCGACACAUGAGACACGCUCAUUCUCAACGUACUUAUCGAAUGCUGGCUAUCGAACGGGAUAUUUUGGGAAAUAUCUGAAUAAAUAUAACGGAUCAUACAUUCCACCAGGAUGGAGAGAAUGGGGUGGACUUAUAAUGAAUUCAAAGUAUUACAACUACAGCAUCAAUAUGAACGGUCAAAAGAUAAGGCACGGUUUCGAUUAUGCCAAAGAUUACUAUCCUGACUUGAUUGCUAAUGAUUCUAUAGCGUUUCUAAGACAGUCGAAGACACAAAAUCACCGCAAGCCUGUCAUGUUGACAAUGAGUUUUCCAUCUCCACAUGGCCCUGAAGAUUCCGCACCUCAGUACAGUCAUUUAUACUUUAACGUCACCACACAUCAAAAGUUUACAGAUCUUCUAAUGACAAAACGACUACAAACACUGCAAAGUGUCGAUGUUGCUGUUGAACGUGUUUAUCAAGAACUUAAGAAACUGGGAGAAUUGGACAACACUUACAUAUUUUAUACUUCUGAUCAUGGCUACCAUCUAGGUCAGUUUGGUUUAAUAAAAGGAAAAAGUUUCGCUUUUGAAUUUGAUGUUCGCGUUCCAUUCCUUUUACGUGGCCCCGGCAUUGAAGCGGGAAGCUUAGUCGAAGAGAUUGUUCAGAAUGUUGAUCUCGCACCGACAUUUUUGGACAUUGCUGGUGUACCAGUUCCACCACAUAUGGAUGGGAAAAGUAUUUUACCACUUGUCUUAAAUCGUCAUCGAUCAAUCAAAUAUAAAUGGCCAGACACCUUCUUGAUUGAAAGUUCUGGUCGUCGAGAAACUCCAGAACAGCUUGCUGAACAAAGAGCUAAGGAAGCAGCUGCCAAAUACACUCAAUUUCUCAACGAAAACAACAAUAAAAUGGAAAUAAAUCUUCCCGAUAACAAAACCUUCGAUAGAAAUGGUCGUGAACAUGAUUUCAGUUCACAUGAAAUUGAAGACGAUGAAGAAGAAAUUUAUGAAGAUGAUGAGUUUGAUGACUCAGAUUUUGAGGGUGAAUUACAACGAGAUCAUCCCGGGAGAAGCAGACAACAAAGAGAUGUACAUGCUGAACAUCAUCAUCAUCAUCAACAUCAUAAUAGCCAAAUGGAUAAUAAUCUGCCACCUUACCAAUCGAAACUUGCGCGGUUAAAUGUUGAGUGCGCUGACCCAGCACUUUUACAAGAUUGCAUCGGGGGACAGAAGUGGAAGUGCAUAAAUGAAGAUGGUCGAUGGCGUAAGCACAAAUGCAAAUUUCAUCGCGAGGUACAGAAUCAUUUGGCUGAAGUCAACAAGUAUUUGAGUGCGCAAAGUAAAAGAAAUUGUGCAUGCUUUACACCCGAUGGUGUUGUUUACACCAAGAUUAAGUCAGAACGUGACAUCUUUCAACCCAAACAGAAGCGAACAGAUCAACGACACAGACCACAUUCUGGUCGUUAUAAAAGAGAAACGCCGGAAAAUGUUGAUGAAAUUUUCAUCGAUCAUUUACCACCAGAAUUUCUCGAUUUACUUCGAAUGGAUGAAGUCGUUGAGAAUCUGCAAAAUACUUUAAUGACCCAAAGCGAAACACAAAUGGAACAUUCAAGAAAGAAACGUGAGUCUGAUUACAUUACACAAACAAUUGAUGAACUCAAUACAGUUCUGGGUUCAAUUGAGAAAAAGUAUGCGAAUACAUCCGCUAAUGGUCCAGUUCAAUGUUUUGUUGAGACGACGGGAAAAGUUAAUUGCUCGACAAUUGUUUACGAGAAUGAAGAAGCAUGGAAGCAAAAUCGAAUUCAAAUUGAUUUAUUAAUUAAAGUAUUGAAGAAUAAAAUUACCCACUUGAAAGAUAUCAAACGACACUUGAAAGAGAAUCGUCCAAUGAACAUGACUUUCGAUGAAAAUAAUUACGAAUACAGCAGUUCAUCUCUUGAAGAUCUUGAACAUUCUGAAGAGGUUGAGCAAUUUACGAAAGCUCCUAAAAGGAAGACAACAACAACAGCUACAACACAGCCGACUUCUUCUUCAACAUCAAUUCGAACAUUAAUUGGAGUUGAAAGAAGAAAGAAGCAAAAAAGUUCAACAUCGACAACAACAACAACAACAGAAAAAUCAACAACUGAAAGUGAUCAAGUCGAAAUUUCAUCUAUAAUCGAAGAUCUUCAAAAGACGUCAACCGAAGCUUCAACAACAAGAACACAAAGACCGAGAAAUAGAACAAAACUGUUCCGAUCUUCAACAAUGAAGACAACGACAGAAGAAGCAACAUCAAGUUCAACUUCUCUCGAUUAUGAAAGUUCAUCAAUCACAUCGGAAAACCCGGAAAUUUUCUCAAGCAGUGAAUUUUCCGAGCUUCCAAGUUCAACAGAAGUUUUAAGCACAACUUCAACAAGCACAAUGUCUAUUCAAGAAAUUUUCGAUCCAAAGUCUGUUACAAUUGACGCAACAAUAAUUGAACCAAAGCCACGACAUCAUAAACAUCGUCAAAGUGUCAUUGACAGCGUGAAUCACAACAAAAACAUUACAAGCGAUCCUACGAAACCAAAUCGAAAUAUCCCAGCUGAUUGUUAUUGCGAACCAGAAUUUGAAAGUCCGCCAUCUUUUGAGAAAGAAAUUGCAAAAGAAGCUCGAAAGAAGUUGAAAGAAGAACGUCAACGAAAGAAGGAACGAAAACGAAAUAAGAAGACAAAACUUGAACGUGAAUGCAUCACACAAAAGAUGAAUUGCUUUCAUCAUGACAGUGAUCAUUGGCGAACAGACCCCAUGUGGGAUGACAAACCGUUUUGCUUCUGUAUGAAUGCGAACAACAACACUUACUCGUGUUUACGAACCAUAAACCAAACUCACAAUUACCUUUAUUGCGAAUUCACAACUGGCUUGAUAACGUUCUACAAUCUCAAGAAAGAUCCUUUUGAGACUCAAAACAUGGAAGCGUCUUUGACACCACAUGAGCGAUCUUUCCUUCACGAUACUCUCCAGCAUAUGAAGUCGUGCAAAGGUAAAAGUUGCAUCUUACCGAGAAAGAAUCAUCUUCAUGUUGGACAAGAUGCUGAUGAGACAGGAAAUAAUAUUAAUUCAGUUCCUUUCAGAGGCUCAAGAAGGCGACAUGGCAAUGUUCACCAGUUUGACAAUGAUUCACUUCUUCUUGAAGGUUCACCAAAGAAGCGACAGAAUAAAUAUGGUAAAAGAAGAACGUGGUAUCAACAGCAACAUCAACAGCAAAUACCAAAUUCUCAGCCUACAAUAAAGCGCGCUCGAGUCAACAAUCGACGAUCGAUUAUAAGAGGAUCAGAUUUAUAUUGAGAUUAAUAAUGAAAGCAGAGCUAACAUAACAACGUCAUGGAAUGAUCAAUCAACCACAAUUAUCUGAUCUCAAUCGAAGAAUCUUUGUUGAACUUUAUUCGUGUUCCGCUUCUUUUCUUAUUUUCUCUCGUUGCUUUUUAUCUAAGAAAAUAAACUUCCAAUCAAACUGCCAUUUAAGUUGAGAAGUUUGAUUUGAUUCGGGCAAAGUGAUAAACUUUGUAAAUAUUUAAUGCAAUGUUUAAUAAUAUAAAAAUACUUCAAAUGUGCGUAGUUUAAGUAGUGCUUGGAAAUAUUAAUGAAUCUCUCUUAUCGAUGCUCGAUCUUAAUUUGAAAAAGAACUUCAGAGACAACUGAUGAUGCUUUAAUCGAAAUAUUAAAAAUAUUUAUUAGAAGAAGAAAUUAACUUUUGAACUUAUUAAAAAUAUUAAAAGUUUAUGAUGAACCUCAUUAGAAUUGGAACUAAUUGGACGCUAAAAUUUCUUUAAUUUUUUUAUUAUUUUAAAACUUUUCAGUUUUUUGUUUGUUUGUUGAUUAAAUUAUUUUGAAUUGAGAUGAUUAAAUUUCAAAAUUUCUUUUUAGUAUUAUUUUAAUCCACUUUAAAAAAUCUUGCAAAAUUAAAUAAAAAUCUUAAACUUAUAAAAAAAUAUUCGAGAUAAAAUUGAAAAUAAAACAAGA